UUUGUGUAGUGCGUAAUGUAACAGAAAUACUGCUUUGGUGGUGAGGAGGUAUAAUUUGAUGAUGUAUAGGACAUGAAUUGAGAGUGCUUUACUUCUCGUACUUUCCAUGCUUUUUUUCAAUUUCUUUUCCAGACUGCUUCAUAUCUAGACACUCAUUUUCACCCGAGCAGUAACUUAUGGUAGCUUCUUUCAACUUUGAACUUUUCACUUUGAUUCAUUUCAUAUCCAAUAAUUAGACUAUUAGAGUGUUACUAGGAGUUUUGCAGAUCAUAUUCCAACUAAAGUAAAAGAUAUGAUAGUUGAGGAUCUAGGCUAAUACUAUAUAAGAAUUUGGUCUGUGACUGGUUUGUAACAUUGAAAGGGGCCUUUAAGUGCUCUUUUGAGUUUGUGUAGUUUAGUUCGUAAUGUGAAGAUUGGAGUGGAUACUUUUUAGAUUUUUACUAUCUUCUUAAUCAUGAUUUUCUUUGUUUCCUUCAAUAAUUUUGCUUUGUUUCUAUUAUUAUUGUUGCUAUUAAUUAGCUUGGUAAUUAAGAUUUUAUAUUCUUCAUGGUUAUGUUAAAUACGUAGAUGGCUUCAUCUAGUAAUAAAGAAGGGACGAAAGAGGUAUUUAAGUGGACUGAUGAGGACACUAUCAUCCUGUGUGAAGUAUGCCUUCAAUUCAUUAAAGACAAUGGUCGAUCACAAUGUUUCAAGUGGAAGGAAAUCCAAAUAGACGUGGAAAAAAAAAUUGGCCGUCCAUUUAGUAACUUGAGUAGUUGCAAUCAUAAAUAUGAUGCAAUGAGAAGAGAUUGGCGUAAUUGGACUAAAUUAAAAUCUUCGGAAACUGGUCUCGGGUGGGAUCCAAAUUCUGGAAAAAUUGAUGCAUCAGAUGAGUGGUGGCAAAGAAAAAUCAAGGAAAAUCCAGAUAUUAAAAAGUUUCGACACAGGGGUGUCAACUCAACUCUUGAAACUAAUUGGGAUAAAUUAUUUGGAGACUCGUAUGCAACGGGUGAAAAUGUUUAUGUACCUUCAAUGGACCACAUUGAAGACCUUACAGUAGGGAAUGAAAAUACUGAGGAAGAGUUUGUAGAAAAUCGUAGAGUUGAUGAUUUUACAACUGAAUUAUUAGAUGAAGGGAACUUUUUUCGAAAUUUUGUGGAACAAGCAAGAAAUGGUGCCACCUCAGGUAAUCGAGGAGGUGGUUCACAAGUAAUUAGUGAAGGUGCGGAUAAUGACAUGCAUUCUUCUAAGAAGCAACCUAUGACAAAGCAGAAUAGUGUACCGUUGAAGCGUGCAAGAAGGCAGUCUGCUGGAUCUGCCAUGUUGGCUAAGGAAAUAAGGAAAUGUCACAAUGUGUCAAACUUAUGAGUAAAAGCAGCUCUAUUGAUAGCAUUGAUCCAUCUAUGUCCACAAUCCCUGUAGCAAUGAAAAUGCUUAAUCGUAUGGUAGAAAAUUACGAAUUAGAAAAAUGUAGUGAUUUGUGGUUUUAUGCUACUACUGUAAUUCAGGAUCCUAGUAGUAGGGAAGUCUUCUUUAGUAUGGAGGAUGAUGAAACUAGGGUUAAGUGGUUGCAAUACUUGCUUAACGAGAAAAACAAGCAUUGAAGCUUCUUUAGUUUAAGACUAAUUUCUUAUUUGCUUUUACAUGUUUUUAUUGUGUUUGAAGUGUAUGGAUAAUAAGUUUCUUGUAUUUUUUUCUUUUGAGGAUGUAGUUGAAUUUAUAUUUCAUAUGAAUUUACUAAAAUCUUUGUUUA